GUUUACAAACAGCGCCAGAUAAGAAUUUUGUUUUGUUAUAGUUUCUUAUAUGUAGAUAAAAAAGAGCCUUCAAGACAAUUUUACUCUUGAAUAAUGUUUGAAAUACCCGAUGACGACGAUGACGCAUUGUGGAAUGAUGACAUAUUUGACCCUUUUCUGAAGUCCUCUGGUGUUGACGGCAUUUCUGAGGGCAAGGAGAAUAAACCCUUACUGAAUAUGCCUGAAACUUUCUGUGUCAAUCCAGCCAAAAGGAUGUGUACUGGCACUGACUACAACAGGGAGGGCAAUUCAUCUUCUACUGAUAAGCCAGCUAUUUCUGGGCCCUCUCCACCUCAAAACAACAACAGCUAUAUGACCACACAGAAACCUAACAAUAUUGCUACAAGAUUAGCAACAGGUCAUAGUUUGACCCCAAAGCAAGCCCAGUCAAGGCCACCUGGGUGUAGUCUAGAGCAUGUAACACCUAUAAGAAAGAGGAAGUUCCCAGGUCCUGCUGGAAUCUUACCAAGGCUGAGUUCAGGUCAGAGUCUUGAUGCCCUCUCACCAAGUAUCCUGCCUAAGACCACAGCCAACUCUGGUGUUUCCCCACAGGAUGAUCUUUCAGUGCCCUGCUCCCAGUCCAGUGAUGAUGUGUUCAGUGAUGCUCCAUGGCAGACUCUGGUCCGAGACCUUGGAGAUGAAGCCUCUAGAAUACUCAACAAGUUCACCAUAGCUUCUACUCUUCUCUUAGCUGGUAAGAAGCAGUUACCCCAGGGUAAAGCCCCACUUGUGUUUGGUGUGGUUGAGAGUGUGGAAAGUCACGGUGCCGAGGCCAGCAUAACUAUCAGGGAUAAAUCAGGUCGCAUGCAGGGCACUGUACAUCGAGACCUGCUGAAGGAACACGAGGCUGAGCUACAGAUAGGGGCUUGUCUUCUCCUUAAACAGGUUAGCAUCAUCAGUGUAUGUAACAGGAAGCACUAUCUGAACCUGACCCCACCCAACCUGGUGUCCGUAUACCGCACUGAGGCCGGGGAGCUGGUAGCCCGCCAUUUCCACGGUAGUCAAGACUCUCUGUGCUCUGUGCUGGCCUGUCUGGAAAAGAAUGCGGCCGCCGAGAUGGCCAGUCUCAACUCCAGUAUAAACACUGGUUCACCGCUCUCACAUACAGGUAGUUCCCGGCUAUCACUGAAUGGUUCAAGCACAAACACACCUCAGCUGUUUGGGCAGCCUCCUACCACUCCUGUCCUCAACCAGUUGUUUUCAACAGCUGCUGUACGAACCCCAGGUCAAUCCGCACCAAUAAGAGGUCAGGCCCGACAAGCACAAUGUCAGACACAUCAGGCCACUCCGGGGCACGGUCAAGUCCGACCAGUACAAAAUAGAAUGUACCAAGGCACACCAGGGAGGGAUCAGCAGCGACCAGGUUUUGGGCAGACAACACCAGUUCAUCUUCCACCACAAACUACAUCUUUACGAGGUCAGGUUCAACUAGCAUCAGGUCAGAACACAUCAGGGCUUCAUCAGUCUGGAUCUGAUCGAGGUCAAAUUCGACCAGCCUUAGGUCAGACAAUAUCUUUUUCUAAUAAAACUACACCUCAACAUGCUUCAAAUACAUCAAGAAUGGAUACGUCUAGAUUUCCUCAGACUGCAAGACUUGAUGAACAAACACUAGGACAAGGUCAAACUACAGGUCCGAGGUCAUUUACCUUUCAAAACAGGACAACACCUAGUGUGAGUUCUAGCACAGUAUCAACUGGUGCUGAAAGUGCAAACAAUAAACAGCAACAUGGGAGUAAAUCAAAUUUAGUGAGCAAUUCAAGUGCAAUAGAAGAGGCAAGGCUGAGUUUAAAGCUUGUCAGCAGCUCUAGUUGUCAUACCACGGAAGGGAGCAAUGAAGAUUCUGCUUCUUAUGCUAAGGAAAGCAAUAUUUCAAUGAACAAAGACUCUAGAGACAGUGUUAAAAAUGUAGUUAAUAUGUUAAGAAAAACCAACGAAAGCAGUGGGGGGACAGGUGUUCUUCAUACUAAUACAAGUACUGCUGUGUCGGCAAAUGCUAAACAGAACACAUCAUGUAAUAGUGCUAGCAAAAACAAAUGGAAAUUCAAAUCUCCACCUAGCAGGAAUUCUGGUGUCCAAAAUUCUCCUGUUGCUGGAAAGUCUCCUAAUAACACUACUCAUUGUAUUUCACCUUUAAGCUCAGUAAAGACUAAUAAUUUAAACCCCAUAAAACUCCAAAAUGCAGACCCAAUGGCCAGAACUUGCCAGUUGAAUGUGAAUACUUCAGUAUUUACACAGAAAACCAUGUCCCCUAUUGAGACUUCACAGUGGAUGUUUAAUGUGAAAAAAUGCACCACAAGUAACUCAACAUGCCUUCAGAAUGAUAUGGCAGGCCAGUCAACUACAGGCAACAAAUCACCGACACAGCAGGCAAAGCAGGGAAAUGAAGAUCCUCUUUGGGGAGAUGACCUGAGUGAUGAGAUUCUAUCCCAGCUUUCUGAAGACUUUAUAUGAAGCCCAAGUCUUGGUGAUGAAGUGUCUGUUUCUCCUUGGCAUACAAGUCAUGACAAUAUGCAUGAUUUAAUGGAGUUUUUCUCAAGUUUCUUUCAUAAUUAUGUGGUAAUAGUGAUAGAGAUUCUGUGAUGGAAACAACAUUUUAACUUGUUGGGCUAUUUUUUAAGAAAAAAGGUCCAGGAUAUUGAGAUAUUCCUGGCCCAAAUUUCUCGAAACUUCUUAAGCAUAACCAGCUUAAGUAGCUUAAAGUUCUAGCUAAAUCCAAUUUUGACUAAAUAAAAAAUGGCUUAUUUGUGAUUAGCAUACAAAUAUUUUCCUUUUGAAGUCCAAAAGCUGUUAUGAAUGUAGAUAUUGGGCAAAUUACAUCAAAUCAAAAAUUGUGAGCUUAGCUUAAUCCUGCUAUAAGAGACUUAAGAUGUUUCGAGAAAUUGGGGCCAGAGGUAUCAUUGUCAUUGGACUUGUUUGCAUGUAAAAACUUGAACCUUGCCCAUCACUCUAAAAACGUUAAAGUCAAAUGUAACUUACUACUCAUGUUGUCAUAGACUUGACUCACAUGUGUAUCAAGGUCACUAACUCUAGCUAUGGUAGUGUGACAAGUGUUGAGUUAGUAAUUGCCCCUUAUGACCAGUAUUUGCUUCUGGUGUUUGUUUUGUGAACUGUUAUUUUCUUCCUCCUGUGAUAAAUCUUGGCCAAUUUAAAAACAAAGCUCAUGCGAUUAAACAAUUGUAUGUACUCAUUAUAAGUGUAUGUAGCAACAUGUACUGACAUAGGCAAAGUUACAUGUAUAUUGAAUCAAAAUAACUAUUUUCCCUAAUCAUGUUGAGAUGUUAUAUUUUAAAAAGAUGUAAAGCUAUUAAAUAACUUUCCUUAUGA